AACGUAGUUUAUAUGCAGUUUUGGUACACUUGACAUUUCUUAAACUUGAUUUAUUUAAAAGAAAAAGAACGUUAAUUAAGUUAUCUUGAAGAAUUUUGGUGCGAGUUAUUCCAAUUGUGCGUUCUCCAUGUACUUUUUCUCUCCUAUCAAUGUAAAAUUUUCGAGUGUUAAGAAAUCCAUUUUAUAUAAACCAUUAAGUGCAAUAAAUAGUUUGAAUAAGUCUAAACGACAACAAAUAGGUUUACUGGAAAAGAAAUAGAAACAUAAAGAAAAGACAAAAAAUAAAGGAAGAUAUAAAGAACAUUAUGACACAAACUAUGACCGAAACAAGUCAGCAACUGCAGGUAGUUGCGAAUGAGGUCGUUUACCAAAGCUAUCAUUUUGGUGAUACGGAUUUCCUAGUACCACCUCGAUACAUUUCAUUGAGCGCCCGUGGUAUUGGUGCACAAGGUGCGGUCUGUGCUGCAUAUGAUACGGUUACUCAACAGAAUGUUGCUAUCAAGAAAUUAUCCAGACCAUUUCAAAAUGUUACGCAUGCCAAACGUGCAUAUAGGGAGUUUAAGCUUAUGAAACUAGUUAAUCACAAAAAUGUAAGUGGUCAUUUUUAUAUAAUCUGAACGAUAAAGGUGUUCACUUUUCUUUUAAAUAACGAUGAACAUUCUGCGAAGUUAAAUCCCUUUGUCAUUGUCAAGCUGAUUUCUGGCUUUAAUUUUAACCAAAACGGACAGUAAAAACCGUAGCCGUGGUCUAUCUGUGACGCACUCCCUGAUUGCAUUAAAUCAAACGGCUUAACUAUAGUUCAGGGACACAUAAAUUGGAGCGAUUUUCUGUUUCUUUUUUGUAUGUUAUGAGUAGUUGGGAGUCUGGUAAUGUGUUAUCUGUGGUGUGAUUUUAGAUUUUACUUUUCCGCACACACUUAGUGUGUAAGGCGAAUGUAUUGCAAUGGGUCAAAAUUUACGAC